AUGUCCAGCAGCGAGGCGGACGCCGCAGAGGGCAGCCCUGCUACGCCUGGCAAAGCGAUCGACGCCCAGGAGCAUGAGCCCCGCCUCAAAUAUGAGGCCCUGGACUCUGGAUCGCCCCGGGCACAAACCCUGCACUCGGCCAUAACCCGCCUGUGCGUCUCGGACAAAGUGCUGGCGGUCAGGGAGUUCAGGGAGCACUCCCGGGAGGUCACUGACCUGAGCUUUGAUGGCGGCGCAGAGUUCCUGGCCAGCGGCUCCGCAGACAGAACCGUCGCGGUGUACGGGCUGUAUAGCGAGGAGGUGCAGCGGCUGAAGAUCGGGCAGCCCGUCACGACCGUGGCACUGGAGCCGCGCUAUGCCAGCCGCAAGACGCGAGAGCUGGUGUACGGCACGGCUGGCGGCGCCCUCGUGCUCAGCUCCAAGGGCUGGCUGGGCAACAAGGAGACGGCGCUGUUCACGGGCAGGGGCCCGCUGCGCUGCGCCCGCAUGAGCGGCACCCUGCUGGCUUGGACCACCGACACCGGGCUGCGCGUGUAUGACACCGCCACCCACACGCGGCUGGGCAAGCUGGAGCGCCCCGCCAGCGCCGCCGCCGACCCCGCCGCGCCCUGCGGCCUGCUGUGGCGCGGCGACCGCGAGCUGUAUGUGUCCUGGGCGCGCCACGUCACCGUGGUGCGGGUGGUGGGCAGCCUGCUGCCCCUGGGGCAGCCGGGCCUCCUGCCGGCAGCGGGGCGAACGCUCCAGGUUGUCGCCAGCUUCGAUACGGGCUGCACCGCGCUGGGGGCGGCUCCGUUUGGGGCGGACAUUGCCGUGCUGGCCUGGGGUCCUGCCAGCGACGCGCCGCUCGCAGACAGCUUGCCUGUGAGCAGCAGCACGGCCGGCGGGCGCAUCAUCUUGACUGCCAGCAGCACAGCAGAAGAGCAGGACGGCCCUGCCGACGGCCAGGCAGCGGCAGCCUCCGCAAGCCCUGCCAAAGGCGACUCUGCAGCAGGCGCGGCAGCCGACAGUGGCGCACCGCCGGUGGCAGCAGCAGACGGCACGCCGCCGUCGCCAUCCGACGCGGCCACCCAGCAGCUGCCGCCGCCACAGCUUCAGCAGCAGCUGAGCCUGUGCUUCUAUAGCCGGCAGGGGCAGCUGCUUGCGGCGGAUGCGCUGGGGAGCAGCUGCUCCGCUGCGGAGCGCCGCUGGCACCAGCUGGCGCUUUCUUACCCGGGCGAUGCAGACCUGCGGCUGGCGGCAGCGGCCGCUCCGACCCCGCCACGAGGCAGCCAGCCCCCGGUUUUGCCCGCACGCAGCACUGCAGGCAGCCGGGCAGGCAGCCGGGCAGGCAGCGUGGCCGGUAGCGGCAGGGCGACUCCGUCCAAGCCGCGCCUGCCUCCCUCAGACGCCACCUCGCCCACCGCUCCAUCUGUGGACAGCACAUCAGCUGACGGGGCUGGCGAGGCUGCAGGGCAGCACGCCCAUGCAGCCACAGACAUGCAGCCGCAGCGCCAGCAUGAGCAGCAACAGGACCAGCAGCAGCAGCAGCAGCGAGAGCAGGGGGUGGAGGGGCAGCAGCAGCAGUGGCGGCAACAGAAGGUGCAGCAGUACAAGUGGUGGCGGGACGGCGAGGACCCUCUGUACUUUGUGUGCACGCCCUCGGAGAUUGUUGUCGGACGGCCUCGCGACGGCAACGACCGCGUGUCGUGGCUGGCCGAGCGCGGGCGGUUUGCCGAGGCGCUGGUCCAGUCGGCGGUACGGGAGGCGCUUGGGGAGCAGUACCUGCAGGCGCUGCUGGAAGCUGGGCGGUGCGAGGAGGCUGCCGGGCUGUGCCCCAGGCUCCUGCAGCAUAAUGCCAUGUCCUGGGAGCGCUGGGCCUUCACCUUUGCGCAGGUGCGCGGGCUGUCGGCGCUGGCGCCGCACCUGCCCACCGAGUCGCCGCAGCUCAAGGCGGCCACCUACGACCUGGUCCUCUCCUCCUUCCUGCUGCACCCCUCGGACCACGAGGUGCUGCUGCAGCUGGUGAGGCGCUGGCCGCCAGACAUUUAUGAUGUGCCGCAGCUGCAGGCUGCCAUCCUCAGCCGCAUGGGCGGCAGCGGCGACUGGCCGGUGCUGCAGGAGGCGGCGUCGCACCUGUACACAGUGCAGGGGAGGCAUGAGGAGGCGCUGAAGCUGAUGCUCCAGCUGCGCAGCCAGGCCGUGUUCGAUUACAUUGCCCGCCACGCCCUCAUCGACCGCAUCUCGCCCUUUGCAGCAGCCCUAGUGGACCUGGAUGAGGUGCGGGCCACCAGCCUGCUGGUGGAGCACUGCGAGGAGGUGCCGCCCGGGGAGGUGGUGGCGGCGCUGCAGGCGAGUUUGUGGGCGGUGGCGGCGGACGCGUUUGCGACGGCUGAUGGCGCCGACGAGUGCCAGCGCUGGCACCGCCGCCUGCACCACUACCUCGACUGGCUCUUCCAAAAGGACUCGCAGCUGGGGGGCGCCUUUGCGGAGCUGCAGGUGGAGCUGUACGCCGAGUUUGAGCCCGCCCGCCUCCUUCACUUCCUGAUGGUCUCCCCCAGCUACCCGCUGGAGCGUGCCUACCAGGUGUGCGAGCAGCGGGGCCUGGUGCGCGAGAUGGUGUAUGUGCUGGGGCGCAUGGGGUCGGCGGAGAAGGCGCUGCGGCUGAUCAUCGAGGGCCUGCGAGAUGUGGUGCAGGCAAGCCCCGGCCCUGCUCUUCUGUGGCUGUGGCUGCUCGCCCGCAGGGCGGCUGUGCGCGGCGGCGUGCGCGUGGCGGUCGAGUUUGUGCAGCUGCAGCGGGACGACGACCUGUGGGAGCAGCUGAUCGCGCUGACGCUGGGGGAUGCGCAGCUGACGGGCGCACUGCUGGACCACGCUGGCGGCUACAUCGACCCGCUGCGCGUGGUGUCCCAGAUCCCGCCCCACCUCCACGUGGACAACCUGCGGGGCCGGCUGGUCAAGAUCAUCACCGACUUUCGCACGCAGGCGGGUGGUGGGGGUGGUGGCGUUGGCAGUAUGAGCCUGCAGCAGGGGUGCAACACCAUCCUGCGCCACGACUGCGUGGUGCUGGCCAACCGCCUGGUACUGCGCUCCAGCCUGCGCCGCCUGCACCUCAAGCUGCAGCAGGGCGGCGGCGGCAGCCGCUGGGUGCUGUAUGACGCCCGCACCGGGGACGAGACGGCGGAGGACGAUGCCGCCGCGGCGCUGCUGGCGGGGCAGGGGCCGGCCUCGGCUGCCGCCAGCCCCGAGCCAGGCACGCCUCCCCCCAGCUACGCAGCGGCGGCCGCAGGCGGCACGCCCGGCUCCGCGCAGCGCGGCCAGCAGCAGGGGCCGCCGCGGGUGUGGGUGGGCUUCAUCGGCGGGCCUCUGCCGGCGGCGCCCGAGGCCCUCCCGGAGCAGCCCCCGCAGCAGGCCACCCGCAGCCCCAGCAAGUUUGUGCGCCUGGCCAGCUCCAGCGCCUCCCCUGUGCGGGCAGCAGGUGCUGGGCCCCGCAAGGUGCUGGCCACCUGA